CUCAAGCUUUUCUGCGUGAACACAAGUAAAAUGUUCUCGCAAAGAAAGUGUCGCUUUGUUCUUUAUAUCGUUGGUGCAUUCGUUUUUCUUCUGCUUGUACGUCGCAUUGGUGAUCGCCAGAGGAGAAUUACGCCGCACAUUUACUCUCAGAUUGUCGAAGAAGAUUUGGAAUUUUGGGAAUCAUACGAAAACCGAUUUUUCGCCACAAAACAAUUACACCAACAGAAAAGUGAAUCCGUCACAGCUCCGUCUUCUACAUUGAAGCGUGUCGCCACGACUACCUCCGCACCAACAACUCCAAGUCCAUGGAUCGACACCUGUUUCAAGAUCUUCGGCAGUAAUGUCACUACCGGGUACAGCUUACACGGCAAACACAUACUGGAGGAUGUGCAGCAGUCCGUACCGCAGCCGACCGACGAUGGCCGUAACAUCUUCUUUCACGAAACAUCCUGCUUGAAGAAGGACGGUAUUGUGCGGCUGAAUGCCCGACAAGCCUGUGCAAUCGAGUCGGCUGCCCGGGCCAAUCCUGAGUGGAACGUGUAUGUACUGUUUGCGGCUCCGGUUGGCUUCCGGAACCGCACGACACAGCCAGUCCUUGACGCACUGCUCCAGUGUCCUAAUGUGCAUCUGCGCUACGUCAACUUGACCACAUACGCGAACGAAACACCGCUGGAAGAAUGGAUGGCGAGGGGGGAAAUAUUACGCUCACAGUACAUGAACUCGCAUCUGUCCGAUGUGAUGCGCUAUCUGACCCUCUACAAGUAUGGUGGAACGUACCUUGAUCUGGAUGUGAUCGUGCAACAGUCUUUUGAGAAGCUGGAACCGAACUAUGCCGGUGCCGAAUCGUUUGAUUUGAUUAAUUCCGCUGUAAUGAACUUGGAACCGAAAGGCCACGGCCAUGAGCUGGCGGAAAUGUGUGUUCGAGACCUACUGGCCAACUAUAAUGGUUAUCAAUGGGCUCAAAAUGGUCCAGGGGUAAUAACGCGCGUAUUGGUAAAGCACUGCCAUACCCAGUCGAUCACCAACAUGACCCAGCAUUGUUCCCAGCACUUUACCGUCUAUCCACCCAGCGCUUUUUACGCAAUUGCGUAUUGGAAUUAUAAACAGUUUUUUGAAGAACCGUACCUAAAGUCGGUCCUCGAUGCGCUCAAUCAAUCGAUCGUGGUGCACCUGUGGAACAAGCUGAGUAAAGACAAUCCGGUGUGGGUUGGGUCACGGGUCGCUUACGGUGUGCUAGCCGAACGGCACUGUCCCAACGUGUACGGGUCUUGUGGGCCCGUCUUCUAACACUAUCAGCACAUAAUCAUAUCUUAAUUCAAGCUUCCUAAAAUCAUCAAUUGAUCACACACGAUCACAGACUGUCGCUGCUGUCGCCAUUGCAACAUCUUCAUCAAUAAAGCGAUACUGCCAUGUAGAUACCCCUCGCAUAGGUAUUGGUACAAGACAUCGGAUUGUAUUGUCUUGAUUUUCAUCAGCUAAUUGGAAUGCAUAACAUUAAUGAUUAUUUGU